AUGUGGAGGGCAAGAUCUCGAGGUCGCAACCGGCGCGGUGCGACGGUGACGCCUCAGAACACCCAAUCUCCGUGGAAGCCUGUGGUUGACUUGACGGGCGACACUCUACCCGUCAGUGCUUCAGCUCCUACUCCUCGCGUGGCGCCUCCACUGGCACCGGCGUCGGGGUCUGGCUACAAGACAAACAACGCCACCACCAUCGAGGCCCCUCUUGAUCCGAAGCAGAGCCCGGCGUACCUCCUUCAGCAAAUGGCACUGUUGGGAAAUCGCGCGAGAGUUCGACCGUCGUUCUCGAGCAAGGUGCGACCAGGUUUGUCGGACAGUGGUACGAGCUCCGAGCUGGGCCCAGAAGACAAAGAGAACACGCCGACACCGCACUCGAACACGCGCAUCAUCAGACCAAAUGACAACAAGUCUGAGAAAAAGUCUCGAGCGGGAGGCUCAUUGUCAAGUUUCCCAAUCGUGUCGUCGGACGACCAUCAGGAUAAAACUAGAGUCAACUCAAAGGCGGCAGCAUCAAAGCGCGAUACCAGCGUUGAAGUGGUGUUCCAAGAGACGAGAAAGAAGACCGACGACAGAAGAGCAAGGGCCAGGAGCAGCGAGUCGAGGACUGGCGGUCAAGAUCAAGAUGAAAACGACAAUCACGAGAACACCUCUAAUGUGACGGCUGGGGUGGAGGCGGACGAUGGCCCCGAAAGACCGCGCAAGAAGCCCAAGUCCAAGACCAAAUCCAAGAAGAAGAAGUCGACGACGACGACGACGACGAAGAAGAAGAACAAGCACGACAACAGUGGUCAGCAGGGUGAAGAAGGAGAGAAUACGCAUGUCAAUGUUGAAGCGGAAAGCGAAAGUGGUACGGUUGGCAACAAGAAUAAAGACAACACCGGAAAAUCCAAGAAACGCAAAAGAGACCGUCGUAAAAGUCGGGGCGAGAGUGAAGGUGAGGCUGAAGCUCAAGCUGAACGACAAGAAAAGGGGGAGAUCGUCAGCUCCGCCGAGGCCAAGGCACUCAAGCAACUUCGUGAAAUCCUGCCUAGCAAACGCGUAUCUCGCGUCGAGACGCAGCUGCGACUAGAGAUGGCGGCUUGGGGAUGCGAACCGACCGAGACGACAGUGUUAGUCACCACGGCUCGAGACACCGUCAUCGACCUUGCAAGACAACAAGUUGUACAGACUGAGCGUUCGUACCAGGCCAUCCAGGCAGAACUCCUGAGGAUGUUGAAAGAGCAGAACAAGAAACUUCGACGAUGGGAACGACGGGCAAAGACUACCAAUGCUACAAACACUAGUUCUACUCCCGCUGCCGAUACGACUCCUCAUGUCAGUGAGAGUGGAAUUGGAACAUGUAGGUCUGGGUCUGAAGUCCGAUCGACCGGCACCAGUGCAGUCGUCUGUUCUUCUUCUGAGGAUAAGAGUGGGAGUGAUUCUGAGCAGGAGGAAGCGGACGCGGAAGAAGAAGAGGAACAAUCAGACGAGGAAGAAGAGGAAGAAGCUGAUGAUGAUGACGAAAAGAGCGAGGAACAAUCAGACGACGAAGAUGAGGAAAUGGACAAGGAGGAAGAAAAAGAUGCUAGUCCUCGACGCAAGAAGCAGAAACGCAGCCAUGGGCAUGAUCGUCAUGGUCAUCACGCUCUCCGCAAUCGUCGCAGCACUCAGCGCAGUGGUCAUCGCAUUCGUCUUUCACCAGUCAGUCCCGUUUCGCAUCGUCGAAGAGCUGCUACUGAGGACCCUCAACCGCGAGCUUCGACAUGUCAGGGAUCAGUCCAGUGA